AAGCGCUGCUGUAUACGCUUGCUGGAGAGCGGCAGAAGGGUGAAAAAAUGGAGUGGAAGCCAGGGAAAACAACCCAUGCCCGGAGGAACCUCUUUGGCCCCGUAGACCACGAGCAGCUGCAGCAGGAUUUCCAGCACAUGCUGCGCAGCAGCAUCGAGGCAGCCCGGCAGAAGUGGAACUUCGAUUUCCUCCGGGACAAGCCAGCUGAGGGGCUCCUGCAGUGGGAAGAGGUGGAGAGCCACCAGGUGCCUGCCUUCUACCACAGCUGUGUGGUGGGGGACACUCGGAGACCCCUGCAGCACUUGAACUUGCCCCUGGGCAGGGAGGACAAGAUUCAGCACUUUGCCCAGGUGAUACUGACUGAGAAAUCCAAAACUUCAAAGAAAACAGGGGUCAAGAGGAGCCCAGAAAGGAAAAAAAGAAGACAGACAUCUCUGACAGAUUACUACUCAGCAAAGAAGCGAGUCAAAACGAAUAUGCAAGCUGCUGCAAAGAAGUCAACUCCUUGAAUGUGAGCGUAGGAUUGUUCUGCACUGGGGAGGUCAGAGACGUCU